AUGACGGUCGCUUCUGGGGCGAUGGUCUCUGCGGGGUGGAUCCACGAAGGCUUGUCUGUUGUUGGCAACAUGCAUGCUGCGGCUUCAACCUUCGCGUACGAAGUGUUGAAGUGUUUCAAGGUCUCAGCUACGGAGAGGUUUUCCGCGAAGCUUCGGAAGAUCCGAGGCCGCUCAGACAUACAGUCAAGUGUUGAGGAGCGUGGAUAUGUGAACGCUGGAGUGGUGCUAGGCAGGGAGUACGGCAAAGAUCUAAGACGGGGCCGAAUGCUUCAAGCUGAGACGCUGGCACGGAAUCAGCUGGAGCCAAGGUCCUCUGUGCCCUCCGCGAACCUGAUGCCGCUGGGCCAGGGCUCCGAGGACUCGGCUCUCUUCGCUGCACCGCAGGCGCCAGAAGCGGUGAGGGAAAGGUAUCGGCCGCAAAUGGAGCGUCCGUUACGGACGAUGGUCUCCUCGAAGGUCCUGGGACAAUUGCAGGAGGAUGCCUUUGGUGCCACAGGCCACCGCUGUCAGACGGAGAUGAUGAUCAUGACGCUGCUUGCUGUCUGGAAUGGCUCUUCAGGGUUUCUGAUUGGCCGUGAUUCUUGCCCUGCGUUGCCCGGACCAGCUGGUGUUAUGUCCGUCAUUAUCCCAACCACAUUCGUACCUACAACAGAACAGGAGUGUCGUUUCUGCCAUAACUGCAAUGAUUUACCGUUGCCUGAGCAUUGUGAUCUUUGCCACUUCGACAUCUUUGUCUGCUUCGAUCAUUGUGCUUGA